AUGCUCCUCCGGGCCACUCACCUACUAGGCCUGCAGCUGUCCCUGGCCUGCUGCUGCUGGGCUUUAGGCUGCCAUGAAAUGGCGUCUUCCCCUGACUUCAGCCUCCCAGGGGACUACCUCAUGGCUGGCUUGUUUCCUCUCCACACCAACUCUCCCUGGGUGAGACGGAAACCUGAGGUGACCCUAUGUGACAGGCCCAACAGCUUCAAUGGCCACGGCUACCACCUUUUCCAAGCCAUGCGACUUGCCAUUGAGCAGAUAAACAACUCCACAUCCUUGCUACCCAACAUCACCCUGGGCUACGAGAUUUAUGACGUGUGCUCAGAGUCCGCCAGUGUAUAUGCCACACUGCGUGCUCUCACCCUGCAGGGGACACAACACAUAGAGAUCAGAGGGAACCUGUCUGACUACACCCCUAUGGCAGUGGCUGUGAUUGGGCCUGACACCACCAAACAUGCUGCCACCGCCGCAGCCCUGCUGAGCCCCUUCCUGGUGCCCCUGAUCAGCUAUGAGGCCAGCAGCGCGAUGCUCAGUGUCAAGCGGCAGUACCCGUCUUUCCUGCGCACCAUCCCCAGUGACGAGAAGCAGGUGGAGACUAUGGUGCUGCUGCUGCAGAGGUUUGGCUGGGUCUGGAUCUCAUUGGUGGGCAGCGAUGGAGAUUACGGGCAGUUAGGGGUGCAGGCGCUGGAGGAGCGGGCCACCCAGCAGGGCAUCUGCAUUGCCUUUAAGGACACUGUGCCUUUCUCAGCGCAGGUGGGCGAUGAGAGAAUGCGGGACAUGAUGCAUGACCUUGUCCAGGCGAAGACCACUGUUGUGGUCGUUUUUGCCAACAGGCAGCUGGCCAGGGUGUUCUUCCAGUCUGUGGUGCUGGCCGAACUAACUGACAGGGUGUGGGUGGCCUCAGAGGACUGGGCCAUCUCCAGCCACAUUGCUGAGGUGCCAGGGAUCCAGGGCAUUGGCACAGUGUUGGGUGUGGCCAUCCAGAAGAGGCUGGUUUGGGGUCUGCUGGACUUUGAAGAGGCUUACGUCCAGGCAGAGAAGGGCACACUAGGACCAUGCCCCCAAGGUUCCCAGUGCAGCAGCAACCAGCUCUGUAGAGAGUGUUGGACUUUCACAAGGGACAGGAUGCCCACGCUGCGUGCCUUCUCCAUGCGUUCUGCCUACAACGCCUACCGGGCUGUGUAUGCUGUGGCCCGUGGCCUCCACCAGCUCCUGGGCUGCCCCUUGGGAGCCUGUGCCAUGGGCACUAUCUACCCCUGGCAGCUUCUGGAGAAGAUCAGGAAGGACACCCUGAUCUUUAGCGACAAUGGGGACUCCCUCAGUGGCUAUGACAUAAUUGCCUGGGACUGGAGUGGCUCCAAGUGGACCUUCAAGACCAUUGGUUCUUCCACAUGGUAUCCAUUUCAGCUGGUCAUCAAUAAGACCCAAAUCCAGUGGCAUGGAGAAGACAACCAGGUACCCACAUCUGUGUGCACCGGAAACUGUUCUAAAGGGUUUCGGCGCAUGGUCCUAGGUAUCCACCACUGUUGCUUCUCAUGUGUGUCCUGUGAGGCUGGGACCUUUCUCAAUGAGAGUGAUCCUUACCGCUGCCAGCCAUGUGGGAAAGAAGAAUGGGCACCACAGGGAAGUUCGACCUGCUUCCCACGCACCUUGGUGGUUCUCACCUGGCAUGAUCCCAUCUCUUGGGUGCUGUUGGCAGCUAAUACAGUGUUGCUGCUGCUGCUGGCUGGCACUGCUGGCCUAUUUGCCUGGUACCUCGAUACCCCUGUGGUAAGGUCUGCAGGGGGUAGGCUGUGCUUCCUCAUGCUGGGCUCCCUGGCGGUGGGCAGCUGCUGCCUUUAUUGCUUCUUUGGGGAGCCCACGCUGCCCACCUGCUUGCUGCGCUUGGCCCCCUUUGCCCUCGGGUUCACCAUCUUCUUGUCUUGCCUGACUGUCCGUUCCUUCCAGCUGGUCUUUAUCUUCAAGUUUUCUGCCAAGGUUCCCACAUUCUACCAUGCCUGGGUUCAAAACCAUGGUGCUGAACUGUUUGUGGUAUUCAGUUCAAUGGUCCAGCUGCUGGUCUGUCUAAUGUGGCUUGCAGUAUGGACUCCAUUGCCCACUAGGGAAUACCAGCGUUUCCCCCAUUUGGUGAUGCUGGAGUGCACCCAGGCCAACUCACCAGGCUUCAUGUUGUCUUUCACCUACAAUGGUUUCCUUUCCGUCUGCGCCUUUGCCUUCAGCUACCUGGGUAAUGACCUGCCAGAAAACUACAACGAGGCCAAGUGUGUCACCUUCAGCCUGCUCCUCAACUUUGUGUCAUGGAUCACUUUCUUUACCACAGCCAGCGUUUACCAGGGCAAGCACCUGCCCACUGUCAACAUGCUGGCCAUACUGAGCAGCCUCUGUGGGGGCUUCUGUGGCUACUUCCUCCCCAAGUGCUAUGUGAUUCUUUGGCGUCCAGAUCUCAACAGCACCGAGCACUUCCAGGCUUCCAUCCAGGACUACACGAGGCGUAGGGGCUCCACCUGA